AUGGAUCCAAAAGAUUCCAAAGUCUACACAAAAGACCCUAAGAACAUAGCCCAAGUGGCCGCCACGCGAGCGUGGCUCGACACCCUCGUGUACGACACGUUCGCGAUACGAGAAUUUUACAGCUGGUAUUGGGGUGAUGAGGGUAUACCGAAAGAAGAGAUCGAAAAGGCCGAUGCUGAAGGCAGGUUGGAGCAAUGGCUUGAUGAGGCUGAGGUUGUAUCUAAGUGGACGGAGUGUUUACUCGACGAGGAAGGGGCGAGAUUGGUGGCGGAGAAGACAGAGACCAUGGAUCUCGACACAGUCACCGUCCGCGUCGGCGAAGCAGACACAGCAGUGAAUAUCACCGUCUACCGCAACUUACUAUCCGAUGUCUCACCUUACUUUCGCGGCGCUUUCGAGGGUUCCUUCGUGGAAGCCACUGAUCGCUUCACAUCCCUGACAGACGUCACCGAGCAGACUUUCCGUAUGUUUCUACAGUGGACACAGACCCAGAACAACCAGCUGCCAAGUGGCGCUACGGUUCCUUCACCUGCCAUAAUUGUCCCAAAGUCAACAAUACAGCAUGGACACGCGAUUGCGACCGGCCCUGCAGAGCUGCAGCCCCCGGAUCCUGCGAGAAGCGGCCCAAACGCGGAGACUCUGCUAGACAUCACACGAGCACUCGACGAGCCGGGCGAUCAUCAACCAACGUAUCCCGAAGACACAGAAAGGUUAUACUUCGAGAACCCGGAAUGGGCCGAGGGAUACUGCUUGUCACUGCUUUCGUUCCUGCGUCUCUGCGUGUUCGCUGACAAGUACGAUGUCCCCCAAUUACGAGACGACGUGUUGACUGCCGUGGUCGCCCAGUCAAUUUCAUGGGAUUGGUGGCCUGAUCUUGAACAAGGAGUGAUCGAAUUCGCGUACGCAAAUCUGCCGUCAUCCUCCAAAUUCAUUCGCUUCUUAGUCAUAUCCACAGCCUUCGUGUGGCUCUCGCAAGAUGAAAACUGCAGUGCUAAUAAACUGCGUAUGUUGAAGGAAAAGAAUGAAGACUUUGCUUUUGAAGUUAUGAUUGUCCAAAACCAGAGGUUCAGGAAUGAAAAGUCGUCGGACGGUAUGCCGCUCUGGCUGGAGGAGGCUUUGUCCAAUUCUUGCGUCUUACACGAGCAUCUGGUUCAGGAUGCAGGACAAUGCCGAAGGCGCAUUCACGACCAGCCGUACAUCUUCACCGGACUCAUCGAGAUGUGCGCGCAAUCCGCCUUGGCUAUGAAGAAAGAGUCUGAUGAGGAGAAACGCUCACAUGAGGAAAAAGACUGA